GGAGCGGCGCAGUCGCAGAGGGAGCCAGCCCGGUGCCACUUCCGGGUGGUUUUUCCCAGGCCCGGCGGCGGAAGGUGUUUGGGGUCAGGGCCGGAGACCCAAAGCCUAGAGAGCGGCUUCCCUGCACUGAGGACGCAGAUCUCGGAGCAGACGAAAAGAAUCACUGUCGGAGUGGACUCGAGUCCCUGAGGAUUGUCAAUGGCGACCCUAGGCCCCGGCAGCCAGAAUGUUACCGAGUAUGUCGUUCGAGUUCCCAAGAACACAACCAAAAAAUACAAUAUAAUGGCUUUCAAUGCAGCCGAUAAAGUGAACUUUGCUACAUGGAAUCAGGCCCGGCUAGAGCGGGAUUUGAGCAACAAGAAGAUUUACCAGGAGGAGGAGAUGCCCGAGUCUGGAGCAGGCAGCGAGUUCAACCGGAAGCUCCGGGAGGAGGCCCGCCGCAAGAAGUACGGCAUCAUCCUCAAGGAGUUCCGGCCUGAGGACCAGCCCUGGCUGCUCCGCGUCAAUGGAAAAUCAGGCAGGAAGUUCAAGGGCAUCAAGAAGGGAGGCGUGACGGAGAACACGUCCUACUACAUCUUUACCCAGUGCCCUGACGGGGCCUUCGAGGCCUUCCCCGUGCACAACUGGUACAACUUCACGCCACUGGCCCGGCACCGCACGCUCACCGCUGAGGAGGCCGAAGAGGAAUGGGAGAGGAGGAACAAGGUCCUGAACCACUUCAGCAUCAUGCAGCAACGGCGGCUCAAGGACCAGGGCCAGGACGAGGAUGAGGAGGAAAAGGAGAAACGCAGCCGUGAGAAGGCCAGCGGGCUGCGCAUCCACGACCUGGAGGACGACCUGGAGAUGUCCUCAGACGACAGUGAGGGCAGCGGCGAAGAUGGCAGCAGAGCCCCCAAGACCAAGAAGAAGGCGCCGCUGACCAAGGCAGGCAGGAAGAAGAAGAAGAAGAAGAAGGGCUCAGACGAUGAGGCCUUUGAGGACAGCGACGACGGGGACUUUGAGGGCCAGGAAGUCGACUACAUGUCUGACGGCUCCAGCAGCUCCCAGGACGAGCCAGAGAGCAGCAAGCCCAAAGUGCAGCAGCAGGAGGAGGGGCCCAAGGGUGUGGACGAGCAGAGCGAGAGCAGUGAGGAGAGCGAGGAGGAGAAGCCGGCCGCCACCGAGGAGGACAAGGAGGAGGAGGAAGAGAAGAAGGUGGCCACCCCGCAGGAGAAGAAGCGCCGGAAAGACAGCAGCGACGAGUCUGACAGCUCUGAGGAGAGUGACAUCGACAGCGAAGCCUCCUCGGCCCUCUUCAUGGCGAAGAAGAAGACACCCCCCAAGCGGGAGCGGAAGCCCUCAGGAGGCAGCUCAAGGGGAAACAGCCGCCCCGGCUCGCCCAGCGCAGAGGGUGGCAGCACUUCUUCCACCCUGCGGGCUGCUGCCACCAAACUGGAGCAAGGGAAGCGGACAAGUGAGACACCUGCCGCCAAGCGGUUGCGGCUGGACACUGGGCCGCAGAGCCUGUCCGGGAAGUCCACCCCACAGCCGCCGUCUGGAAAGUGCACGCCCAGCAGCGGCGAUGUGCAGGUGACCGAGGAUGCCGUGCGGCGCUACCUGACGCGGAAGCCCAUGACCACCAAGGACCUGCUGAAGAAGUUCCAGACCAAGAAGACGGGGCUGAGCAGCGAGCAGACGGUGAACGUGCUGGCCCAGAUCCUGAAGCGCCUCAACCCCGAGCGCAAGAUGAUCAAUGACAAGAUGCACUUCUCUCUCAAGGAGUGAGGCCCUGGCCCCCAGUAAAUAGCUGUGUGCCCCACUC